UUUGAAAAUGGAAUAAGGAAUUGAAUAAUGUGGAUUUAGUAAUCGAUAUAGAUAAGUAGGAUAGAUAGUGAGUAGUGGAAAGAAAAAGAUGAAGAAAGAGGAGGAGGGUAGUAAAAUAAUAAGAUUGGAUAAAUUGAGAUAGUAAAUAGUGAGUUUAGAGAUUGAAACAAAGAAACCAAAAAUAAAAUAGAAGAAAUUAAAUAGUGAGAAUAUGUUGUUGAUGGAAAAAUAACAAUUAGAGGAUGACAUAAAAGAUAUAAGUUAGAAAUUAGAGAGAAUGAAAGAAAAGAAGUAAGAGAGUCGAUAGUAAUUAAACGAUUGGUUAUAAGAAAAAUAAGUAAAGUUGAAAUCAAAUAUUGUUAAUAGGAGUUUGAAAAAAGAUGGAACAAUAUUUAGAAUUAUGAUGAAAUUUAAAGUUUUUAGGAAAGAAUGCAAAGUAUUUGAUUAUUUAUAAUAUUAUUUUUUUGAUACUAGCUCUCCUAAACGAUGAUUAGGAACCACCUAAUAAUCAAAUAGAGAUUUUGACAAAAGAAGUAGAGGAACUUUUAUGUUUCAAAAUUGAAGACGAACCAUUAAUAUAAGAGAAAAGGAAAUAUGAUUUAUUUACAAUAGAAGAAGAACAAUAAGAUUAAUCUUUUACUUGA